AUAAAUAAAUUAAAUAAACAUUUAUAAAAUAAAAUAGUUAUGCAAUAAAUUUUUAAUUUAGAAAAAUAACCUAACAAUUUAAUAAUACCAGUAGAACUAACAAAAGUAAUUUAUUCGGAAUAUGAAGCUGAUUUGAAUAUUAUAGAUAAGCCCGGUCAAUUAUAUGGGAAAUCGCUUCAUGGUUAAUCAAAAAUAAAAUUUAAAAAUGGUAAUUAUUAUGAAGGAAAUUUAGAUAAUGGAAUAAUAAAUGGAACUGGAAUAUUCAAAUGGGCAAAUGGUGUUGUUUAUCAAGGAUAAUUUCAAAAUAAUACAAUAAAUGGUUUUGGAAAAUAUACAUGGACAGACAACUCUUAAUAUGAAGGAGAAGUUAAAGAUGGUUUAAGACAUGGCUAAGGGACUUUAAAAACAGGGGAUGGAGAAGCUAUUUAUAUUGGAUAAUGGUUUGAAGGAUAAAGGCAUGGAGAAGGCUAAAUAAAAUUUAGAUCUGGUGCAUCUUAUAAUGGUUAAUUUAAAAAUGGAUUUAAACAUGGUAAUGGAAAAAUGAUUUAUCCUUCAGGGAAUUAUUAUCAAGGGGAAUGGCAAAAUGAUUUAAAAAAUGGAUACGGAAUAAUUAUAUGGUUAACAUAAAGUGAAAAAUAUUAUGGAUAAUGGAAAAAUAAUAUGUAAAAUGGUUUUGGUACACACAUAUGGUUAGAACCGAAAGGAGAAGGAAAGUUAUUAAGAAAUAGAUAUGAAGGAGAGUGGAAAGACGGUUAAAGGCACGGUUGUGGUGUUUUUUAUUAUGCAAACGGUUCCAAAUAUGAAGGUGAAUGGUAAAAUAAUUUAAAAGAAGGUUUUGCAAUAUUUACAGAAGAUAAUGGUAAUAUAAUAUAGGGAUGCUAUAAAGCUGAUAAAUUAAUAAGACAUGAAAUUCCUUUAAAGAUAAUAGAAAGUUAGAGUAAGGUAAGUAUGUAAUAAUUAAAUAUAGAUUCACCUAUUAAUAAUUUGAAGGUAAAAAAAAAUGAAUAAGUUGUAUAAAAAAAGAAAAGUAUAACAUAUAAUUAAGAAAAUAAAGAAGAAACAUUAUUGAAGGAAAUACAAAAAAAGAAAGAAAUAGAAGUAAACCCAUAUUAAUUUAUCAUAGAUAUUAGUGAUUUAACUCAGAAUAUGGAUGAUAAAUAAGUUCAAAUGAUAAAUUUAAAUAUUUAAAAUAUGCUAUUAAGACAUAAUAGUAACCUCAAAUUAUGGUAUAAGUAGUUUUGUAAUAGCUAUGAAACUGUUUUAGGAGAAGAUUCGUUUGGAAUGGAUAUGGUUGGAUUUUGGAAAUUAAUUAAAGAUAUGAAAGUUUUGGACUCUUUAGUUUCUUUAGUGGCUUUAAAUAGAUGUUUCUAUUAUGGAAGAAAAAAUUAGUUUGACAUAAAGUCAAAUUUGGAUUAACUUAAGUUGCAAAUCGAAUUGAGUAAAAAAUUGGAUAGAAAUCUUUAGUUUGAUGAGUUAAAAAAUUCUUCUAUUUCAUAUAUGCUUACUUUUUAAGAAUUCAAUCCAGAUGUUAAAUAUGAUUUUCAAAAAAUAAUAGAUUAAAGAAACGUAAAAGAUAAUAAUUAAAGAGAUAAUUAGUUUAAAUUAUCGUUAUCUUAUUUAAAUAUUCACGAAGAAAAAAGAGUAAUUCUUUAUAGACAUUUUGUAGAUUUGAUUGUAAGAUUAAGCUUUUUGAAAUAUAAUAAUAUAAAUUGUUUACAUAGGAGCCUGGAAAAAUUUAUUGUUGAAAUAAUUCAGCCGUAUUUUGAAUAAAAAUAUAAUAAAACAAGUAGCAUAAUAAAUAUAUCAGAAUAAAAAAGUCAAACUAAUUUGGAAAAUUUUGAUGUAAAAAAAAAAUAUUUUUUAUUAUAAUUAAAAAAAAAGAUUCAUAUAAAAUAAAAAUAAAUAAUGUGUUAAAAUUAUUCAAAAAUAUUAAAUGAUUUAUUUAAUCAUUUGAAAAUAAAAAAUAAAAAUAAUAAAUACGGAAUAAAAGAUGAAACUGUUAAAUUUAAGGACCUUUUAAUAUACUUAUAGAAUCACUAAUUAAUUACUAAUGAUAUUGAUAAAAAAAGCUUCAUUUCUUUAUUAGAAAAACAUUUUGAUAUUUAAAGUACAGUUUCAUAUGUAGAUUAAAUUUAAAGAGAAAAAGAAAAAGAAAAAAAAGAUAAAGAAAAGGAUAAAAAAAAAAAGAAAGCAUUUUAUACUAAUUCAUAAAAUAUAAUUUCAUAAUAAAUAUUACUUGAUUAAUCAUUUUAUAUAAAUGAAAAAUAUAAAGAUAUUAAAAAUAAAAGAUUAUCAUAAAUAUUUUUAAGUGAGUUAAUUUAAUUUGAAAUUAAUGAUUUAAUAUGUUUAUAUAUAAUUAGAAAAGAUAAAGACUUACAAAUUUUUAAAGAUGAAUAGGAGUUUUUAAAAAAAGUAUAAAAAUAUUUCGAAUUAUUAAAGAUUAAAUAAAAUUUCAAUAUUAAUGAUGUUAAACUUUUAUAAAAAAAGGACUAUAGAUAAUGGCCUUUUAGCAUAAAAGAUAAAUUAAAAGAAUAGCUAGCUUUAGAUAAACUAAAAAAAUUAGAAUAAGAAAAAUUAAGAAAAUAAAGAGAAGAUGAUAGAAAAAGAGAAUAAAGAGAAAGGGCUAAAAUGGCUCUAGAAGAUUAUAAUAUUGAAUCAGACUAUGAAGAUGAAAAUAAAAUGUCUGACGUACCCCCAGCAACUGAUGGAGUAUAAAAAAAGGUAAAAAAAUAAAUGAAAUUAACUUAACAAGCGUUUAUUCCAGAAGAAGUUGUACCAGCAGUCCAAACUUAAUAAUAACCUCAAUAAUAAUAAACAGUCGGUUGGUCUGAAGAUUUUACAAUUCCUACAUUAGAAUCUCUUCCCCCAUUUGAUGAAUAAGGUAAAAGAUAAGGAGUUUGGUUAGAAGGUGGAUACUGUUUUGGAGAAUGGUAUUAUGACCUCAAUGGUAAUCCUGUAUUUAUAUCGCCUGCAUAUGAAGGAGACAUGGUCGGUGAUUUAUAUGAUUAGAAUAGUGAUUUAUACUUGAACUUUAUAAAUGAUUAAUUAGGAAGACCCCUUCCUCCUGCUCCUAAAAAAGAGCCACCACCACCAAAAAUUCCUAAAAGACUCUAAUAACUUUAAGAAUAAUAAAAAGACGGAAAAGUAGCUACCCAAACCGUUUAAGCAGAUUACAAACAUGAAAAAUAAAUAACUUUAGAAGAAGCCAGAGAAUAUGAACUAAAGAAUUAUAAAGAUGGUAAUGAAUAUGCAUUAGUUGAUAAAGAUAGAGAAUCAGCCAAUAUAGUAUUCAUCGGACACGUUGAUGCUGGAAAAUCAACUUUAUCAGGCCGUAUAUUGAAGAAUUGUGGAGAAGUUGACGAAGUAGAAAUUAGAAAAUAUGAAUAAGAAGCUAAAGAAAAUAACAGAGAAAGUUGGGUUUUAGCAUAUAUUAUGGACAUAAAUGAUGAAGAAAGAACAAAAGGUAUCACAGUAGAAUGCGGAAAAGCUCACUUUUAAUUAUAAAAUAGAAGAUUUGUACUUUUAGACGCACCUGGACAUAAAAAUUAUGUACCAAAUAUGAUUGCAGGAGCCUGCUAAGCUGAUAUAGCUGCUUUGGUAAUAUCUGCUCGUUAAGGAGAAUUUGAAGCAGGAUUUGAAGGAGGUCAAACAUAAGAACAUGCUCAUUUAGCAAAAGCUUUAGGAGUACAACAUAUGGUUUGUGUGGUAACAAAAAUGGACGAAAUUAAUUGGGAUAAAGGUAGAUAUGAAUAUAUUAAAGAAUCAGUAGAUCAUUUUUUGAGAACAUAAGUAGGUAUUACUAGUAUUGAAUGGGUACCUAUAAAUGGAUUUUUAAACGAAAAUAUUGAUACGCCUAUUCCUACUGAAAAAUGCAAUUGGUAUACUGGAGAUACUCUUUUUGAUAAAUUUAAUAAAGCUCCAGUUCCUGUCAGAGACUCGAAUGGACCAGUUAGAAUUCCUGUACUUGAUAAGUAUAAAGAAUAAGGUUAAUUUAUAUUUGGUAAACUUGAAUAAGGUACAAUUAGAGAAGAUAUGUGGGUUACUCUUAUGCCUAAUAUGAAAUAAUUCUAAAUUAGUUCUAUUUAUAAUACUAAAGAUUAAAGAAUUUUUUAUGCAUCAGCUGGUGAAAAUAUCAGAAUUAAAGUUAAAGGUAUUGAUGAAAAAGAUAUUGAAAGAGGCUUUAUGGUAUGCAGUACUGAUGAUUUGUGUCCUAUUACUUAAUGUUUUGUAGCUGAAAUCACUAUUCUUUAGUUACCGGUACAUAAACCUAUAUUUUCUUAAGGAUAUACUUGUGUUAUGCAUCUACAUACUUGUGUUGUUGAUAUUGAAAUCGAAUAAGUUGAAGCUGUCCUUAAUCCUGAGAAUAAAAAACUAACUAAAAAUACCUUUUUGAAAAGUGGAUAAAUUGGUGUUGCUAAAAUUAUGAUUCCGAAAAAUAUUUUAUGUCUUGAAAAAUUUGAAAAAUUAGACCAUUUGGGAAGAUUCACUUUAAGAGAUGAAGAAAAAACUAUUGGUUUUGGAAAAGUUAUGAAAAUUAAACCUUAUGUUUAAUAGUGAAAUUUAUUUUUAAAUUAAAUAUUUAUAACAUUAUGAUUAAAGUUUUUUAUUUCGAAAUAUUAUAUUUUAUUUUUUUGG